UGCUCUGUCAAACACAAAUGGAUUCCCUUCCCCGAUUUCCCGGGCCUUUGGCUUGUGCUGAAGCGCAGCUCGUACCUGUAUCACUAUUGAAUGGUUUACUAAUUGGUACCAAUCCCUUGCUGCAUAGGUAACAAUGUCAAGUCAACGCCAUGACACACUAGGUCACGUUUCAAUUCACAUUAUCAUUGAAAUGAAUGCAACCUUUAAGCAUGGAAAGAUUUCCCUUACGACAGUUGCCUGACAAUUUUACGCACUGGUCAUAAAUUUUGGUACUAACCCUGCCUUUGACGCUCAAGCUGCCAAGAUGCUCUGCUAGUUCCAGACGCUACUUCUACGUCUCUGCUACUUACAGAGGCAAUUUCAGGGUCGCAAGUAUGAAACCAUAAGGAUCUCGAGUGCCUAUAUCAUAUGAUCGGCUACCGCAAAGGCUCUAUUGAAUUCGAAAGGGUUAAAAACGUCAAUGGUGUUAUUCCCGCAACAUACACCUACCAUUUCUACCCAUUUCUCGCUAUGGUGGACUGGCACGAUCCUGACCUCGAAGCGAAAUUGAGGAUACUUUCAGGACAGCUGCUGUAUGCUAUCCUUGGCUUAUACGGUUGGCAUUAUAUGCGCUCUUCACACGUGGAGAUAUCACUGCUUCGGAGGCAGCUUCCAUUUCGAUGGCCUUUGUUCUCGUACCUUACCGCUAGAUUCAGCUUCCUGAUCACCAUAAUUUUGUCUGCGAUGCAAUUCAGUCCCUUUAACACAAGCUUUGACUGUCAGAACAUGAAUUUUAUCAACAUGUUUUCAGCGAACGUUGCCCUCGGUUGCUCUACAACAAAUCUAAUGAUCAGAACGUGGCUUAUCUGGAAGACCAGUUAUCUGCUGCGCCUCAUCCUAGUCCUCCUCGCGCUAGGUUAUUGGACAAUGCUCACUCUCUUCGUUGUAACAGCUCGUGCAUCUACCAUACACGGAGUGUGCAUGAUCAGCUAUGUCAAACCUGCAUAUGCUAGUGCGGUAGUCACAUAUACCAUGGUGUACGAUUUGGCACUUUUGGUCUUCACCAUUAUUGGACUUUUGAGGAUGCCAUCAUCUUCUACGCUAUGGAAGAAGUUAGUGAAACAAGGAGUAGUAUAUUUCGUCGCCAAUUUGGUAGCUAACCUUGUCCUACUGAUCAUGGGUUAUGUGAACCUGAAUCCUGCCAUGAGUGAUAUCUUUGCAGUGCCUGGUAUGUGACCGUGGUUUGACUGACUUCACGUCGCUGACCUUUUCAAAGCGGUAUGCACCUGGUCAGGACUCUCAUUACAACUUCUGGUUUGCCGCAUGACCUACUUUCAUUUGCAGCACAAUUGCAUCUAGCCAGGUGGUCCUCUCGCUGCUCCGCCCUUCGUCAGAUUAUGAAAGUGACAACACUUCGUCAGCUAAAGCGCCUCCACUGACGAGUAACUUCGCCGUUUCAGGGU